ACAGUUACGCAGAUCGCCAUGUAUAAGUAAAGAGAGGCUAAUAGCCCCAGUUUGAAAAGCAAGGUGGAGCGAGCGAGCGAGCGAGCGAGCUGGAGAUCGAUCGAUGGCUACCGGGAGAAGAAGUGCUGCGGCGGCGCUCGCCGGGGGCAGACGGUCGACGACGCUGCCGAAUUUGUUGUCGGAGAGGGAGAUGGACUCCCUGACGGCCAUCUGCGACACCCUCCUCCCUUCCGUCGACGUCUCCCACGCCACCGACGACGAGGACCUCAUCGCAUUCUACCGCACCUCCGCGUCCAUGGGCGGCACCCCUCACCACGUGGCGUGCUUGCUGUCCGGGGGAGUGCGGCACCCGGCGAUAUGGCUGCUUCGGGUGGUGCUGUGGCUGCUGUCGACCUGGUACGGCGCAUUGCUGAUGUGCGGCCGAGCCGGGCUGUCGGAGCGCUUCCCCUACGUGCAGAAGUUCUCCAGGGUGGACGGCAAGAAGCGGGAGCAGAUCCUGCUGUCGUGGUCGUGCAGCCGAGUACCCUACCUGCAAAAUCUCUUCAAGUCCCUCAAAUACCUCGCCACCCGAUCCUACUUCGCCCAGGCGAAUGAGAAGAAUGAGAACCCAUCAUGGAAAGCAAUGGGCUAUUGCGGGCCAGAUCCAAACUUGAAAACUUUAGAAAUAAAGGCUGUUGAUGAGCCGCCAAUUCUCGACGAGCUGAAACCUCAAUUCGGUUCUGAAGGAGGUCACCCAAUCACCUCGGCCCUUCUUCAUAUGGCCAGCCCGAAGGACUCCAUUAUCCACACGCUCCGACAAUUUGGCUUCCCCACCCCAACUCCGCCCUCCUCGUCGUCGCCGCUUGCACUCCACUGCGACGUCGUAGUCGUUGGAUCGGGCGCUGGCGGCAGCGUCGCAGCAGGCGUCCUCGCCAAGGCGGGACACAAGGUCAUCGUGCUUGAGAAGGGCCAAUUUUACGACAAAACCGACCUCUCCUUGCUCGAGGGCCCGACCAUGGAGGCCAUGUACGAGGGCCGCGGAAUGAUCACCACCGACGACGUCUCCGUCCUUAUUCUUGCAGGGGCCACCGUAGGCGGGGGGUCGGCGGUGAACUGGUCGGCCUCCAUCCGCACGCCGGACCACGUCAGGCGCGAGUGGUGCGACGAGCACGGCCUCGAGCUGUUCGGCAGCAAAGCCUACGACCGUGCGCUCGACGCGGUGUGCGGCCGCAUGGGGGUGCAAUCCGACGUCGCCGACGAAGGCUUCAACAAUAUGGUGCUGAGAAGAGGGUGCACCGAGCUUGGCUAUCCGGUUUCGUCCGUGCCGUGCAACGCGCCGCCCGACCACUACUGCGGCUGGUGCCACUUGGGCUGCAAGGACGGCAAGAAGAAGGGCACCACCGAGACGUGGCUCGCCGACGUAGCCCGUUCCGGCAACGGCCUCAUCCUCCCCGACUGCAAGGUGGAAAGAGUUCUUCUGCGUCGUAAAGGCAAAGGGAGGAGCGUCGCAAGCGGAGUGUUAGUUCAAUGCUGCGGCAGCAAGGAGUACUUUGUGAUCAAGUCGAAGGCGACGGUGGUCGCGGCGGGCGCGCUCAACACGCCGGCUUUACUGAAGCGGAGCGGGCUGAGGAAUGCGCACAUAGGGAAGAACCUGCACCUCCACCCCUCGGUGCUGGCGUGGGGCUACUUCCCUCGGACGAAGUGGCCGGCGGAGUCGAAAAGAAGCUACGAGGGCGGGAUCAUAACGUGCAUGUCGACGGCGCUGGCGGAGUGGAACGGGUCGGGCUACGGUGCGGUGCUGCAGACGCCGGCAUUGCACCCGGGGAUGUUCGCGGCGCUGACGCCGUGGGUGUCAGCUGCGGACUUCAGGGAGAGGAUGCUGCGGUUCGCGAGGACGGCGCACGUGUUCGCGCUGGUGCGGGACAAGGGAUCGGGCGCGGCGGACCGCUUUCCCGAGUCGCUGGAGUACCGCAUGGACGGCGCGGACGAGGAGAACAUGCGGAGGGCUACGGAGGCGAUGGUGAGGGUGCUGGCGGCGGCGGGGGCGGAGGAGGUGGGCACGCAGCACUGCAAGGGGGAGAGGGCGCGGGUCGGGGAGGAGGGAGCGGUGGAGAGGCUGGUGGAGCGGAUCAGAAGCAGGGGGAGGGGGUCGUGGAGGGCCGGAAGGACGCCGGUGACGACGGCGCAUCAGAUGGGCAGCUGCAGGAUGGGGACGGAUGCCACGAAGGGGGCGGUGAGCCCGCGGGGGGAGGCGUGGGAGGCGGCGCGGCUCUUUGUGGCGGACACCAGCGUGUUCCCGACGGCGCUCGGGGUGAACCCCAUGGUCACGGCCCAGGCUGUUGCUUACUGCACGGCUCAUUCGAUCCUGCAACUCCUGCUUGACGAUCAAACUGAAGAAUUAAACUGUACUCCAUGCAUGCAUAGCUAGCUCUCGAUCGUCAGAAGAGCCAGCUAGUAUAGCUAACUCCAGGGUCUAGCGAGUAAAUCGGAGCUAGGAGUACGUACGUACGUGUUCUUGCUGCUACGUCUAUAUAUGAUUAAUCCACUUUAAUUAUGUUGUAAUUCUACAAAUUCUUCUAAUUUAUACAAGUUUUAUUCAUUUUCUUCUUCCUUUUUUCACUAAAAA